UGUGCUCAUGUGAGCGCCCGAAAGGUUCGUACAGCAAAAGAGGAAAAAGAGAGCUAACAAAGAAACAAGCUCGUGAGUAGGGAGAGCAGUGGGAGCGUUCAGAGGGCCAGGGCUCCUCCUACCGAUCACCAAGUCCAGAAUUAAGAAGGCCACGAUCAAUAAUAACUUGUUAACUUUUCUUCGCAAAUCUUCCAGUCUUAGCAGCCAAAUAUCCAUUGUUGCACCUAGUCACAUUAUUCAGUCACCGACAAACACUGUUAUAAAUCUCUCCAAAUAUUGGUCUCACUUGCAUUCACGACUGCACACUCUCCCCCCCAUCCAAAGCCUACUUUGAGACUGUCUUCCAAUAUAUCACAUUUCUGAUCUGACUCACGGACACCCUCUCUAGCUAAGACCCGGUGUUAGAUACACUCUCCCUAUCCGCAUCUAAAGCCCGGUAUUUAGAUCUUUUCUGAAAUACUUCACUUUUCUAAUUCGACUUGGACUGGUGUUUAGUUGCCAGUGCCAGCAACUGAGAUAUGGGAGGCAGCAGGAUCAGCUAUUCUUCUGUACAAUUCCUUACCUUCUUCACAUCACUGCUGCUGCUACCCAAUGUCCUAAGUUUGUCCAACAACACCCUGCCGACAUUACCUCACAGAAACAGGCGGGAAGCCAUUGAAAUCGGCAUCGGCAUCGGCAUCGGCAUCGGCAUCGGCGGCGGCGGCUCUCCCCCUCCAGAAUCCCCGCCCAGCUGCUCCCCUCCGUCGUCCGGGCCGCAGCCAUGCGACUUCGAGAACAUCCUCCUGUACAGAGCCUACAAGGUCAUCCAAAAAUUCAAGUCCACCAUCACUUGCGACCCCCAAGGAAUCACCAAUUCUUGGCAAGGCUAUAACAUCUGCAGCACCUACAAUGGCUUCUUCUGCGGCAUCCCUCCAAGCCGCACCACGAUGCGCAACGUCGCCUCCAUCGACUUCAACGGCUACAAUCUCGCCGCCCCCACCAUCAAUGGCUUCGUCGACCAGAUGCCCGACCUCGCCAUCUUCCACGCCAACUCCAACAACUUCUCCGGCACCGUCCCCGACCUCACCAAACUCCCCUUCUUCUACGAGCUCGACCUCAGCAACAACAUCUUGAUGGGCUCCUUCCCCACCACCGUCCUCCCCCUCGCCAACCUCACCUUCCUCGACCUCCGCUUCAACCAGUUCUCCGGCUGCGUCCCGCCCGGCGUCUUCGACAUCAAACUCGACGUCCUCUUCAUCAACAACAACAACCUGAACCAGCCCCUCCCCGCCGAACUCGGCCGCACCACCGCCGCCUACCUCACCCUCGCCAACAACCGCUUCACCGGCCCCAUUCCGAGCUCCAUCGGCCAAGCCUGCAAUACGCUCAUCGAAGUGCUCUUCCUCAACAACCUGCUCUCGGGUUGUCUCCCCCACGAAAUUGGGCUGCUGAGCAAGGCCACGGUGUUCGACGCCGGGACCAACCAGAUCACCGGCCCGAUACCGCUCUCCUUCGGGUGUUUGAUGAAGGUGGAGCAGCUUAACUUGGCCCAGAAUUUGCUCUACGGGGAGGUGCCCGACGUGGUGUGCCUGCUGGCCGAUUUCGGGAAGCUCGCCAACUUGUCGCUCUCCAGCAACUACUUCACCUCGCUGGGGAAGAGCUGCUGGAAGCUGAUAGAGAGGGGAAUUCUCGACGUCCGGCGCAACUGCAUCCCGUGGUUGCCGAACCAGAGGUCGCCGGAGGAAUGCGGCUGGUUUUUAAAGCAACGAAAGUACUGCCCCGUCUCGCCUUACAUUCCUUGCCACAUACCUUGGGUGCACGGCGGAGGAGUCCAGUCCGCGGCGGCGAUGGUGGCGGGGGUGGAUGGAGACCGGGAUAAGGCUCCGGCGUCCCGGUAUUCCGGCUACUCUGCACUCCAUAACGGUCAUGGGCCCUGAAAUAUCUCUCUUAUUAGUAGAUUAAUUAUCGGUAAUUUUCUGUCUGCCUUUCUGAAUUCAUUCUGUCUCUAACUUGUAUUAUGCCUUAAUUAGUAAGGCCCGAUAAUAUUCUGAAUGUAUGUGGUAGUAGGAUGAAGCAAUUCCAUCAAUAAAAUGAGCUCGAUCCAAGUUUUCUGUGACUUCUUUUUCAAAAGAGGCAAGGAAAAUAUGGAGCGAAAUGAUGAACCGAGCUUGAUCUUUUUAAAGAAGUAUCGAAUUCGACCGA